AGCCAUUUCUACCAUAUCCGCUCUCUCUCUCUCUCUCUCUCUCUCUCUCUCUCUCUCUCAUGGCUGUCUCAGAAAAGGUCCUCUCGUCAUCAAUGAAUGCCAGAACCGUAGGCUCAGGCAAUGAAACCAUAGUCCUUGCACAUGGUUUUGGAGGAGACCAGUCUCUCUGGGACAAGAUCAAUCCUUCCUUGGCCAAGCACUACCAGGUCCUCUCCUUCGACUGGUGCUUCUCUGGCGCCGUCCAAGACAAGAACCUCUUUGACCCCGCGAAGUACUCCACGUACGACGCGUACGCUGACGACCUCAUCGCGCUCCUCGACGAGUGGGAUCUAAAAUCGGUUAUCUUUCUGGGGCACUCCAUGUCCGGCAUGAUCGGAUGCAUUGCCUCCAUCAAGAGACCUGAGCUCUUUCAGAGGCUCAUACUACUUCUUGCCUCUCCAAGGUACUUGAACUUGGGUGACUAUGUGGGUGGGUUUGAAGAGUCGCGUAUAGAUGACAUGGUCUCAAGCAUCCGAUCGAACUAUCAAGAAUGGGUCGAGAAUUUCACUCCUGCAGUCGUGGAUCCCAAAGACCCGCCUUCUGUCGAUAAAUUUCGACGGUGUUUGCACAGCAUGAAGCCCGAAGUGGCAGCAUCCUUGGCCAACGCCAUCUUCCACUCCGACUACCGACACAUUCUCGCGGAUGUGACCACGCCGUGUACCAUAAUUCAGGUCACCAACGACAUGGCUGUGCCGACCUCCGUCGCUCACUACAUGAAGGAGAAGAUUUCGGGGCUGUCGACUGUGGAGAUGAUCGAAGGCACGGGGCAUUUCCCCCAGCUGACCGCGCACAAGCAGCUCCUCGAUGUGCUCCACCAAGCUCUGGGGUUCGAUGCUCCCAGCGGAGAGGACGUGCCCGCAUCGACCGGGUCAAGGGGACCGGUCGACCAGGGUUGUGAUUGAGAUCCGGUCAGUCGGGUUUUGAAUAAUAAAUCUGUCCUUGGAUUGCCCAACUUCACUUGUGAUGUUGCUAGCGAUGAUAGUUAUGAAUAUGUACGAUAACGGAGUGUAUGGUAAUGUGUUUCUUGCUCGGUUUGGUAUUGUUUAAUUACUAGUUGUGUAUAGAUGUAGAGGUUGUGUAAAUAUAGUUGGUUUGAGUUU